UCGAGAGCGUCCUGGAGCAGCUCCCGUGCCUUCCGCGCCUCCUGUGUGCCAGGACCCCAAGAGAAGGACGCCCGCAGCCGCUCUCCGCCUGGCUCUUCGCCUCUCUGUCCACCGGCCCUCCGCCCCGCGGCUCGGAUCCAUCUGCUCGGGGCCUGUCCGCUGCGCGCCGGCUUCUGGCUGUCUUGGCCUCCGCGCUCUCCCCGGUUCCUCCUGCGCGCCACAAUGAGCUCCAGCACCGCCAGGACGCUCGCCGUCACCGUCACCCUUCUCCACUUGACCAGGCUGGCUCUCUCCACCUGCCCUGCCGCCUGCCACUGCCCCCUGGAGGCACCGAAGUGCGCCCCGGGCGUCGGGCUGGUCCGGGACGGCUGCGGCUGCUGUAAAGUUUGCGCCAAGCAACUCAACGAAGACUGCAGCAAGAUGCAGCCUUGCGACCACACCAAGGGGCUGGAAUGCAAUUUCGGCGCCAGUUCCACCGCUCUGAAGGGGAUCUGCAGAGCUCAGUCAGAGGGCAGACCCUGUGAAUAUAACUCCAGAAUCUACCAGAACGGGGAAAGCUUCCAACCCAAUUGUAAACAUCAGUGCACAUGUAUCGAUGGCGCAGUGGGCUGCCUGCCGCUCUGUCCCGAAGAACUCUCUCUCCCCAACUUGGGCUGCCCCAACCCCCGCUUGGUGAAAGUGGCCGGGCAGUGCUGUGAGCAGUGGGUGUGUGACGAGGUUGGUGCCUUGGACGACCAGGACGACCAGGACGAUCGCGAUGGCCUGGAGGACCUCCUCAGCCAGGGGCUGGGCUUCGAUGCCUCGGAGCUGGAGUUAACGAGAAACAAUGAAUUAAUUGCGGUUGGGAAAGGCAGCUCGCUGAAGCGGCUCCCUGUCUUCAGCAUGGAACCUCGGAUCCUUUACAACAACCCUGUGCAUGGCCAGAAAUGUAUCGUUCAAACAACUUCAUGGUCCCAGUGCUCCAAGACCUGUGGAACUGGUAUGUCCACACGAGUCACCAAUGACAACCCUGAAUGCCGCCUGGUGAAAGAAACCCGGAUUUGUGAAGUGAGGCCUUGUGGACAAUCCGUGUACAGCAGCCUGAAAAAGGGCAAGAAAUGCAGUAAAACCAAGAAAUCUCCCGAACCAGUCAGGUUUACUUACGCUGGAUGUUCCAGUGUGAAGAAAUACCGGCCCAAGUACUGUGGCUCCUGUGUGGAUGGCCGGUGCUGCACACCCCAGCAGACCAGGACGGUGAAGAUGAGGUUCCGCUGCGAAGAUGGGGAGACAUUUUCCAAGAAUGUCAUGAUGAUACAGUCCUGCAGAUGCAACUACAACUGCCCGCAGGCCAACGAGGCAGCGAUUCCUUUCUACAGGCUAUUCAACGACAUACACAAAUUUAGGGACUAAAUGCUAUCUGGGUUACUGGCAGGAUGGAAAGGAGGAGAGAGGUGUGUGAGAGGAUCACGGAGACAUGGGUGGGGGCGGUGGGGUGAAGGGACUCAUUGUAGAAGGAAUACCUUGCUCAUUCUUGGAAUGGCAUGAAGUAUUUCCAAACUGCUAAGGGGGCUGGUGGGAUGGACACUUAAUGCAACCGCGAUUGAAGAAUACUUCGCUUCAUAGUAUUGGAGCACAUGUUACUGCUUCAUUUUGGAGCUCGUGGUGUUGAUUGAUGACUUUCUGUUUUCUGUUUGUAAAUUAUUUGCUAAACAUAUUUUUUUCCCUCUAGGCUUUUGUUUCCCCCUUUGAUUUCUGCGAUUGUAAUAGAGAUAAGACUAGUUGGGCAGUGAACGCUUUGUUUGUUGUAUGUCAGGAGUAACUGGAAGGGCCUUCCAUCCCUUCCAGAAUGGGGGAGACACUCUGUGAGUGUCCCAGAGAGGCAGCUACCUGCACUCUUAACUGCAAACAGAAAUCAGGUGUUUUAAGACUGAAUGUUUUAUUUAUCAAAAUGUAGCUUCCGGGGAGGGAGGGGAAAUGUAAUACUGGAAUAAUUUGUAAAUGAUUUUAAUUUUAUAUUCAGUGAAAAGAAUUUAUUUAUGGAAUUAAUCAUUUAAUAAAGAAAUAUUUACCUAA